GUUGGAACUAAAAUUAUUUUUGUACAAGUCUUUUUUCCCUACUAGACGAUAAUCAUUCAUUUCUGCAUCCUGAGUGUGUAAUGUAGUGUACUGUAUAAAAUAAGCACUCAGUGUUUGUGGAAUGAAUGAUGAACUGUGAAUGUUCCAAUCUACUUUUUACAGACACUAUCCUGGCUCAAGUAUGAAAGAGUAUGGAUGGGGAGAUAGGAUAAUCUUGGUGUUGGGUAAUAAAGGUGAGAACAGAAAGACCAAGAUUACAGUAACUGAGUGGUAUAGUAGCCAAGUGGAUGAUGGGAGAAAAGGAUCAGGAGGAAUCAGAAAAGACUCCCAAUUCUUAAGUCUUGGAAAUUGUAACUGAGAAGGGAUGUGCAUAGCAUGUGUUGGUUUUAAAACAAAAAUGAGCUCAGAGCUCAAAAAAGAUAUGUAGAAUUUGAGAUAGUAGUGAAAUAUUCAGAAGAAAAAUCUUAAGAGGGUUUUAGAAAUACAUGACUAAAGCUGUUGAAAGAGAGGCUGUAUCUAAAUAGGUAAAUGUGUGAGUCAUCCGUGAAGAAACAACAGUUGAAAACAUCAGUGUUUAUGAUCUUUCCGAAGGAGAAAGGAUUUAUAGAGAAAAGCAGAAGGCCAAAAUCCACAGGUCAGGAAAUAACCCAUAUUUAGGAAGAGGGAAUAGGAAAUAAUAAACUUGAAGGGGAAAUUGGAAUAAAGAUGAGUAGCAGUGUAACAGUUGAAAAACUCAGGCAAAUGCUUGCCUGGUUGGUAUCAGCAGUCAGAGACGAUAUUUGGGAAAUCAGUUUUUAAGUCCAGCUUUCUGAUUUCCUUGUGACUUUAUUAGUGUUAUUUCUAGGUAAUGAGAACUUACAUAGAAAAGAGUAUAUUUCUUUUCUUUAAAUUCCAAAACUGCACUUAGGAGCUCCUAGGCUUCAGAGAGUUUCUGUGAAAAGCGGGAUGCCAGCCAAUUUUCAAAUGAAACUAUUUAUGCAUAUAAUAUUUUCUCAUAUUCUGAUAUCUUGUCAGUUACUAUAUUUCACUUUCUGGCAUCACUGAGAAAUAAUCUGUUCCAUGAAAGGGAAUUUUCCAGAUAACUGACAGCCUUUAAGCAACAAAACUUGUUCACUGGAACCACUUUUCUAGAAAUGUACAUUAAAUAUAAUACUUAAUUCUGUACCGUAACCAGAGUAAGGGGGCCAUAAUUUAAUCUUUGCUUGGCAAUUAAGGAUAAUUGUUACAGCAUCAGCUGCUUGCCCAGUGGCUCAGUGGUAAAGAAUCCACCUGCCAAUGCAAGAGGUAAGAGUUCAAUCCCUCAGUCAUGGAAGGUCCUAUGUAGAAAGAAAUAGCAACCCACUUCAGUAUCCUUGCCUAGAAAAUCCCACUGGUCAGAGGAGCCUGACUGUAGUCCAUGGGGUCACAGAGUCAGGCACAACUUAACAACUAAAUAACAACAGUAAUAACAAUUAUAUUCUGCUGGGUAGUAAUGUGUUUGGGGCCUGUUAAUACAUAUGGAAAAAAUUACCUUUUAUUAGUUGACUUUGCUGUUUCUGUUAUUACUGUUGUAGCUCAGUGUUUUAUCUUCUCAUAGCUUUAUAGAUUGACCUAGUUUGAAGCCUCACUUUGACCCAGAGAUCUAGAGGCAAACACUCUAGCAGAAGUCCCAGGGGUAAUCGUAGCAACAAAGAGUUUUCUGAGGCUGUGAGUGAAUUUAAGACAAUAAUCAUUUUUAAGAUGAUUAAACUGGGGCUGAAGAGGAUGUAUAAUUUGUUCAAAGGAACAGCCAGUAAGUGGCAGAACAGGAUUUGGAUCAAGUCUGUGAUACCUAAGGCUGCCUUGCUUUUUCCUCAGUGAAACACUAUUUUCUCCUUUUCAUUCUCUACUGUACAAGUCUUGAGCCACAUUAAACAACUUUGCUGCUGCAACACAACCCGGACUCUUCCUCUCCACAGCUGAUGUGGAGCUCCAGAAAGCAGGAACUCCUGCAACCUCCCCACCAAAAAGUGAACUCCACAUGGUACCUGUUUCCUCACAUUGCUUACCUUAAAAAUAUAUAUUUCUCUUGAAAUUGUAUUUCAUAAGCAGAACCCAAGUCAAAUGACUUGUUCCUGGCUUAAAGGAAGACUGGGCCAGUGAACUUCUAGUAUCAUCCUUGGAGAGAGAGUGCUCAUCAGGUAGUAAAUUGUCUGAACAGAAAGAUAUUCAAAAAAUGCUGGGCAGCCCAGAAAUGUGACAUUUAUCCACUUUAGCUUAAUCACACUUUGCCUUGUAUUAUGGUUCAUUUUAUAUAUAAAAUCACAAUAUUGAAGUGUUGAAAGGAUUAUCUGGUUGAAUGCCUUUUUUCCUCUUAAUAAACACCCCUAAGAGAUUAAAUGACUUCUCCAAGGUUGUAGAAUUGAUCAAUGACAGAACUAGACCUAUAAUCUACAGGUAUUCUUCAUUAGUUUGACAUCUUUUUGAGUGUUAGAUGCCAGGUACUGUUCUAGGCCCUGAAAACAUCAAGGAAUAAGGAUAAAAACCCUGCCCUCGUGGAGCUUCUAUUUCUAGUGGGGGAGAUAGACAAAUAAAAAAAUGAAUAUGUAUGUACUAUGGAGAGUAAUUGAGCAGAGUAAGAGCACAGAACGUCAUAACAGGGUGCUGCUUUGGUUAGCAUGGUCAGGGAAUGUGUGCAUGAUAGUUUUCAUCUCAGCCCAUUUCCUUAUAUGGUGGAAUCCCUCUUUUCUCUCCUAUUAUGAAUGUAAAAAUUGAAUACUUUGUUUAUUUUUAACAUCCAUACCAUUCACAAGGGAGUAAAAGAAUAUCUCUCUCAUUUCUGGGACAAGGCAGAUUUGCUGAGUUUGUAGUUUCAUAGACUGUGCCCAGUGGCACAAUUUAACUUCUGUUUCUAUAGCUUGAGUUGGAAUUACAGGCUCCUAAAUGUUCUUUCGUCUUUAUAUUGUGUUAUUCAAACCAUUUCCCCCUUUCCACCCCACCCACUCUACUGUAUCACAAACACACCAGAGCACAAGGGUUGAACUCAAUAAAUAAGUUCCUAAAAGAGAAUUUAAAAAUGAUAAUCUUCCACUCAUUUUUUCUGACCUACAAAAAAAUCUCAUCAUGUUUCUCUGCUCUGAUUUUAUCUUUUGCAAAAUGGGAAUAAUAAUCCUUGCUGAUUGUCUGCUUUAUAAGAUAUUGUAAGAAUUAAUCAUUGCAUAUAUAAAGCACUUUAGGCUCCAAUGAAGAAAGAUGCUAUGUAAAUUAUAAUGAUAAAGUUAUUAUAUGUUACAUGAAGGUUUAAUCUCCAAGAGGGAAACAUUUCAAGUUAUAGGAGGCCUUGGUUUAGAUCCACAUUUGUACUCCUGUGGCUUUAAUUACAUGGAAUGGUUUUGAUCAGAGAUUACAGGAUUUUAACCCAGUUCUCCACCUCAGGGUCAGCCUCCCACAUCCAGAGUCCUUUGUCUAGGGGCCUUUAUUCAGGACACUGCAGAAAGCAAGCCAGUGCCUGUUGCAAGUUUGUUUGCUAUCUGAGUAUUUCUAUUUACCCUAGAAGCCAGUUGAUAUUGUUAAAGAAAUCACAGAAGGAGAGAUAAGCAAUCUUGGGGAAGACAAACCUAUGAAUUGGUCCUAAUAGGUUGGACUUAAGUCUUUUCCAGUUCUAAAGUGUGUGAUUGUGAUAUGAAGGUGUUUUUUUUCUCCUUUUCCCUAUUGUUAUAUGAGUUAAGGACACAAGCUAUGUUUUCCAAGUAGACAUAAUUUGGAAAAGUUGCUUAGUGUUUGUCUAUUUCUAUUCCAUUUGACAGGCCCCUCCACGGCUAAAUGAUGGAUCUAAUCUUCAUUAUCCUUCCUUUGUAUUUUUGUUUCCUGUUUUCUCUGUGGGCUCCACUGGCUAGCUCUAGUCAUCAGUGCUUGGUCCUGUCCACCUCUUCCUCAGAUGUGUGUGUUACCCUUAGAAAGGACCUCGGAAGUGUGUGGAAAGGCCAAGAGGCUUGUCCACAGUUUACUCUUAGCCACUCCUUCCCCUGUAACACCAUACUCUCCCUCCAGGUACUUUUCUAGAAUGUUUUCCAGUGAAGUGAUGCUCACAGUUCAAGUGUUCAAUGCAUUUUCCAAGCACUGGAAAGUGGCAUGAGUAAGUCAGGAUCUCUCUGAGGGUGAACUGCUGCUAUCUUACCCAUUAAAAAAAAAUUUUUUUUAAUAUUUAUUUAUUUGGCUGUGCUGGGUCUUCAUUGCGGCGCAUGGGAUCUUUAGUUGUGGCAUACAGACUCUUUAAUUGCAGCAUAUGGGAUCUAGCUCCCUGACCAGGGAUUGAACCCAGGCCCCCUGCAUUGGGAUUGUGGAGUCCUAGCCACAGGACCGCCAGGAAAGUCACUUACUUCAAGAGGGCAAAUCUUCUAGGUCCCAUUCCUGGCUUUUGGCAGGCUCACUGUCCUUGGUGACAGGUGGCAUAAUCUUCCAUUUUGUGAAGCCAGCCUUGCCUGGUCAUCUUUCAAAAGAAAGGUACAAAAAAGCCCCAUUUUCAAACAGAUAUUCAGGCAAUGCAAAUAUCUUCAAAACAAGUGAGUAUAUUGUAGGGAGUAGAAAGAGGACCAGGCAAGGAGUCAAGAAACUUGAUUAAAUCAAACUAUUACUCUCUGUGGAUUAUCAUGCAGAUCACCACUUCUCUGGGCCUUGGUUUUCUCAUUUUCUUAUUUUGCAGAUAAUAUUGAAGCUUCAAUAUCAAUUCCCUUGAUUUCCCAAUCUCACAGGGAAAGACCUCUGCUGCAGGGUGACCUCUUUCUGCCCCCUUUCACCUUUUGUCUUCCAGUCUCUUGCUGCUGUGUCUUCACAGCAGUGAAGUGUCCCCUUAGCUCUGCUGAACAUCACUCCUGUAGUUAACUCCUUCUCUUCUCUGUUUUCAACUCUCCUUCUGUAAUGGCUCCUCCCACCCCCACCACACCGUGUAAACUUGCUCAAGUUUCUCCAGUCUCAAAACAAAACUGAUACCCUGUCUCAGUCCUGUGUCCUCCUAUAAAGAUCUCGGAUCUCCUUUCCCCCUCAUGGGGAGCAUCUUACAAAGAGUGCCCACAGCCUCAGCAUUUUACCCUCCUCUCUUUUCUGUUCACUGCAGUCGGGUUUCUGCCCACAGACACGCCACUGAAACCACACUGGCAAAGUUCCCCAGACAAAGUUGACCUAGGGCCAAGUUCAGCCGCUGUUGGUUUAAAAUCUUCAGUUUAUUUAAUAUCUGGGAAGCAUUUGACACUUUUAUCUCCUCCCUCCCGUAAACCUUCUUCUCACUCUGUUUUCAGAUUUCUCAUGAUUCUUCUGUGCCCUGGAUUGCUGUUUCUUUCUCCUUGGCUGAUGCCUCAUUCCCCUGCCCAUGGCCCUGACUCUGUUCUCCUGGUGUUGCCCUUGAAUACUCAGGCUCUUCUAUGACUUCAGCUUCCCACUCUGUGCUGAUGACUCAACAAUGGAUAUCCCCAGACAUCCAUCAUAUCUGAGCUCUAGACUUGAAAGUAUUGCUGCAUGCUAGAAACUUCUAUCUGAUGUCCAGCAGACAUCUCUAGCAUGUAUCUUAAUGUGAAUUCAUCUUUCUUCCUGAAACUGUUCAUAUGCCUUUAUCUUUGUUUUCAGAGAAUGAUUCUUUCCAGUUACCCACAUCAGAAACCUGGAAGUCACCCAGGACUCCUUCUUCUCUCCCAUCCUACCCACCUAGGCCCUUCCCAUGUCCUGUGGACUUCAGCUCCUGACCAUCUCUUCUAUUUAUUCACUCUUCUUUUCUUCCAUCAUUCUCUUUGUUCUGACCCUCAUCCCUUCUCAUGCAGACCAGGUGAUGGCCUCUAACUGGUUCCCAUAUACAGUCAGUGCGUUUAUCACAAUGCAUUGUAAUUUGUUUAUGUGUACUUAAAUGAUAAGCUCCUUGAGAGGAAGUCUGUAUCUUUCAUGCCUUUAGCAAUUAACAUAGAGUCUGGCAGCCCAUAUAUGAACAUUAUAUGAAUAAUGUUCAAUAAAUGUUUAUUGAUCUUGCCCCUGCCUUCUCCACUGUAUGUUAGACUAAUCUUUUCCUACUUCCUCCCCUCUUAGUACACACUCUGCCUAGGUAAAGACCCAGCUCACCUCCUGAGCAUAGCACGUGUUCCUCAGACACCCAUUUGUCAUGGUACCUGCAUCACCUCAUUGAGUCUGUUUUCAAGUCCAUCUUCCCUGUGAGUAUCAGGCUGGAGUCUCUGCCUUGCCAACACCUAGCCCUGGGACUGACACACACGAGGCAGUGAAGAAGCCUUGUGACGAAAUGAGUGAAAGAGUUAGACUUGCUGAGCUUCAAGUUCUCCUCCAACUCCAAACCUAUACAGUUUGAUACAAAAACUGACGUAAUCUCAAAGUUUUCUCCCAGCAGAUGGUCAGAACAGUUGAAACACCAAUUCAAACAGUUGGCAAAUAUAAAGGUAAACAUUUAAGAAAGUGAGUCAGAAUGAAGGUGAAUCCUCCAAAAGGAGUGAGAACAUUGGCACAACAGUGUCUCCAUGUAGUCAUAAGUACCCCCUUUGCAUCUGAUGGUGGGUUCCAUAUGUUCCUCUCAAGGCGUGUGACACAUACGCCUUGAGAGCUUCUCAGGAGGGUGGGUGACAAGCUACUGAUGACUAAACCCCCACUGGCUAGAAAUGAGCUGAAAGCGUGUUAUUUUUCUGGAACAAAAAUUAGUUUUUUUUCUUCAGCAUUUUAAUUUGCUCAUUUUUGUAAACUAAACACAAACUUUAGUCAUUUAUUUAAUAUUUGUUCUGUUCAGUUAAAACUCUAGGAAAAAUCCCUAAUCUAAAGACUCUUAAGAUUUGCAACUUAUUUUUCACUCCACAAGCAUUUAUUAGCACCCAAUAUAUAUUUCUAGGCUCAAUGUUGGGGUAGUGAAAAGAUUUUUUAAAAUGUAAAAUACAAAUCUUAAGAUCUAAUUGAAGAAUCAAGCAGAGGAUAGUUAGGAUGUAGAUAGGAAUAAUGUAGAAGAGUGCAUCGUAACCUGAUGGAGUGCAGGAAAAGGUAAUUCCAACUGGAUAUCCAAGUAUGAGAGGCCUCAGAGUGGAGACACUAUCAACUCAAAGGGAAAUCAACCAGGAGAAAUUUACUGAAGGUGGUGAAUCUCCAAUAAGCACAUAAACACACAGAGUAUAUAGAUUGCUGGCAGUAGCACCUGUGUGUAAUUUGGAUUUGAGGGGUAGAGAGGAUGGAGACUGGCUAUCCUUCUGUUGAAUGCUCUUCGGAGAAAGACUCUGAGACUGCUCCAUCUCCCUCUUCAGGCCACCUCGUACUACUCCUCUCUCCCAAGUUCCCUCAGGGGACCCCUGACCCACUGUCAUAUUUGGGGUAUGAGUUGUGAUCCUGGCUCACUUGGGAAAAUGCACGUUUCCCUUCAGAAUUUUGCAUAUUCCACUUAGACAUUGUCAAGGACUGACUCCGUUUUCCCCAGGGCAAGCAGGAGUCGGCCCCCACCCACAGGUGGGUGUGCAUCUCCACAGAAGUCGUCAGCAUCUGCAGAUGGGGACGGUGCUGACUUUAGAUGCAGACCAACCUGAGUGACUUUAGCCAAGAGAGAGGUUCAGUUUCCUAAUUUCUAAAAUGCAAUUAUGAUAAUCAUUUCCACCACCUACAAUGUAAGAAUGAACAAAUGUCAUUUUUUCAUCAGUUUUCCAGACCAAAGGAGAACACUCUGACUUGGCUGGUUUGAAUAGUAGGAAGAGGUUCUGAUGCAAACAUUUCACAAUAGUCCUGUGAAAACAGCCCUGUCAAAAUGUGGGCACCUCUACUGCUACUAUUUAUUGAGCGUUUACUACAAGCCAGCCAGCUGGGCAACACUUUUAUGUUACCUCAUUUCAUCCUCACAAUAACAUACCAAGGUAGAUAUCUCUUUUUUUUUUAAUUUUUAUUACAUAUUUAUUUUUUUGCUGUGUAGCUUGUGAGGUCUUAGUUCCCCUACCAGGAAUUGAAUCUGUGUUCCCUGCAGUGGAAGCACAGUGUCUUAACCAAUGGCCCACCAGAGAAGUCCCUAUCUUCUUCUUUUUUAUUUUUAAAGCAAGGCUUAGAGAUGACAGGUAAUUUGUCCAAGGCUACACAAGCAAACAAGAAAUGAGGUUUGACUUCAACUCUCCUAUUUCCAUAGAAGGGACACCAGAAGACCUGAAGAACAACAUGUUUGAGCUGGAGUUUGUGGGUUUUUUUGUUUUUUUUUUUUGAGAAGUAGCUGUGUGACAGGCUCUGUGAGGAGAGAGUAGAAUGCAGAUGUUUUGUGGCAUCAAAAGUUGCUAAAAGUCAUGAAUCGUUGCUAACAGUCAUGAAUCUCUUACAAAAAGUGAUUCUUGUGGUAUAUCAGUUACGUGGAGGGGUGAGGGGAGAGGAAGAGAAAUGAGAACAGCAGCUUUGAACCAGCUUGAAUCUAUGGCUAGCACUUCAGUGAAGACCUGGAGUACCUGGCCAUGGAGCACAGAAGAGAAGAUUUUGGCCUAGAAAAUGUUAAGAGUAGGAGUGAAUAAUUAAAAUCUCUGUGUCCAAAUACCUAACUCUGGGUAAUCUACCUGCUUGACAUACCCCUGGGAAAGGUGACAGUCCUGACAUGAAUAAUGGCUGUGCAGAAACAGCUGGUUCUCUGUUGCCCUUGUAUCAGUCCUCCUCUUCUUCCGCAGAAAGAGGGAGUUUUCAGGCACUGGUUCAUACCUGCACUGACAGAGUCAGAGUUUAACAGCAAGAGCCAUCAGUUUUUGAUUCCAGGAACGCUUUACAGUCUAUUUGAAUUUUAAAAUAAAUUCCAAACAGCAAGUUGUUGCAUUUAAACUGUCAGGUGUAGGCUGGCUAGCCCCCCAGGCUCAGGAUUCUCGGUGCCAGGAUUACUGACAUUUAUUUAAAAAUGGUGUCAAAGUGGAAAAAAAAAAAAAUACCUUUAGUGUUAUUUUAGUGGUUUUGCCUUCCCAACAGCCUUUACCCAUCCUCUCCCCCUCUCUUUCUCUCUGUAUGUGUAUGUGUGUCUGUUUGUCUCUCUGUCUCCCACUUUCUCUCCUCCACCCCCCUCCCUUGUCCCUCCUGUCUCUGACCACCACUUCUUCCCUCACCUAGUUCAGAAUUCUUAAGAGAGGAAGGACAGGAGUCCCCAGCAUUGGAAACAGAAACCAUGCCCUGCUGCCCUUUAGUAAGCUGGCACAGCAGGAGGAAGCACUUGAGCUCCCUCUCCCUCCCAGAAUGAUUUUAAUUACCUGCACCUGCAGUGUGAUCCUGAGCCCAGGCCUCAGCCGAAAAAUCCAGAAAUUAGAUUGCUUGUUACCAAGGCUUGGGUCUGUUAACCAAGCUUAUUUAAACGAACCACCAUACUGGUUUCUUGUUAGAUCAGAUACCAGCUUGUUAAUUCACAAUGAGAAAUACACCUUCCUUUCCAUCAGUGACUCAGGGUGCCCCUUCCCCAGUGUCUCAGUAUCUGGGCACCACUUGGGGCCAUGAACUCUGGCCUUGCACCUCUGCAUCCUGGAACACAGUUGGUGCUCCAUAAAUAUUUGCCAGACUGAAUUGAAUUUUGCCAGGGAUAAGAUGUAUGUAUCUUCAGCCAUUUUUAGUCAAACAGAACCUAGAGAUAUUUUUACCCCACAUAUUAGUUUAGUCGAAUGCUAUUUCUGAGCCACAAAGAUCCUUGCAAACACUGCAAGGCAAGAUUUAUGAAGUAGCCAUUUAAAAAAAAAAAAAAUUUUUUUUUUCCACACAGCUGACUUCAUCAUAAAGAACAUUCAUCUCAGGGGAUUUACCUAGCAAGAUAUCAUUCUACUUCAUUUUGUGUUUCCUCUUUUCCUUUACAUCCAAAAUGAAUGCAAUAAAGGAUCCCACUGUGCCCCAGGUAAUAAUAGCACAGGCAACUAUAGACUGUCCACCGUGUCCCUGAAAUAGAUUCUCGGGUAGAAAGAACAACAGUGCUGUCAUUUAGUGAGUGCUACGGGAAGCAAGGGUCGGAGCCGAAGACACAAAAAGACUUAUGAGUCAGUGGAGUCCAAUUUAGUCUUGAUGGAAGCACAAGGCACAUUAUUAGAUCCAUUUCAGGGAAAAUUAUAUUGUUGGAAAGAAGAGUCCUGUCCAUUUGUCAAGCCCUGUCACUAAGGUCCCUGGGGAUAGGGAUCUCUUCUCAGAGCCCCAAACAGGCUUUCCCUUUUCUUGGUUCUACAGACCCCAUGAACUGUAGCCCACCAGGCUCCUCUGUCCGUGGAAUUCUCUAGGCAAGAAUACUGGAGUGAGUUGCCAUUUCCUUUUCCAGGGGAUUUUCCCGACUGAGGGAUUGAACCCGGGUCUCCUGCAUUACAGGCAGAUUAUAUACCAUCUGAGCCAGCAGGGAAGCCCCUAAUUUAUUAAUAAAUACUCCUAAAGGUUUCCAUACCCAUGUGACAGCUCUGUCCUCCCCUUUCCUCCAGCAGGUAGAGUUUCUGAUCUGAAGUUUAGGAGGUUUUGCUCAAAACUCUUGGCUGCCAUGACACUACUCUCUCUGAGAGAACAGCCCAUCUUCACCACCCGAGCACAUGUCUUCCAGAUCGACCCCAGCACCAAGAAGAACUGGGUGCCUGCAAGCAAGCAAGCUGUCACCGUCUCCUAUUUCUACGAUGUCACAAGAAACAGCUAUCGGAUCAUCAGUGUGGAUGGAGCCAAGGUGAUCAUCAACAGCACAAUCACGCCCAACAUGACUUUCACCAAAACGUCACAGAAGUUCGGGCAGUGGGCGGACAGCAGAGCCAACACGGUGUUUGGUUUGGGGUUUUCCUCGGAGCAGCAGCUGACAAAGUUUGCAGAGAAAUUCCAGGAAGUGAAAGAAGCUGCCAGACUAGCCAGAGACAAAUCCCAGGAGAAAAUUGAGACUUCGAGCAAUCAUUCCCAAGCAUCCAGUGUCAAUGGGACAGACGAUGAGAAGGCCUCUUGUGCGGGUCCUGCCGACACACACCUCAAGUCCGAGAAUGACAAGCUGAAGAUCGCUCUGACCCAGAGUGCCGCCAACGUGAAGAAGUGGGAGAUUGAGCUGCAGACCCUGAGAGAAAGCAACGCGCGGCUGACCUCGGCGCUGCAGGAGUCAGCGGCCAGCGUGGAGCAGUGGAAGCGCCAGUUCUCACUGUGCCGAGACGAGAACGACCGGCUCCGGAACAAGAUUGACGAGCUGGAAGAGCAGUGCAGCGAGAUCAACAGAGAGAAGGAGAAGAAUACCCAGUUGAAGAGAAGGAUUGAGGAGCUAGAAUCAGAACUCCGAGAAAAGGAGACGGAGUUGACAGACCUCCGAAAACAAAGUGAAAUCAUACCUCAGCUCAUGUCAGAGUGUGAAUACGUCUCUGAGAAGUUAGAGGCGGCAGAGAGAGACAAUCAGAACCUGGAGGACAAAGUGCGGUCCCUGAAGACGGACAUCGAGGAGAGCAAGUACCGACAGCGCCACCUGAAGGUGGAGCUGAAGAGCUUCUUGGAGGUGCUGGACGGCAAGAUUGACGACCUCCACGACUUCCGCCGGGGCCUCUCCAAGCUGGGUGCCGACAACUAGGUCCUGCGUGAGUCCCCAGGGUGUGUGUGACCCGCAGUAGUGCUAGGACGUCCUCCCGUUCGCGUGGCUUCUGUCAAUGCAGGCGCGGUCUGUCGUGUUUCCAAACCAGGGGUGCCGUCCACCCGCUCCUCUCCAGAAUAGAAAUCCCCCCUCGCUUCUUCUCUGGCCUCGCGAGGUCGUGGAUGACUGGACGAUUCUGACUCAGGAAUCCAGAACUAGGUCUACCUUAAACGUUUACGCAGUUAGGGCAGGGAUGUUUGUAUCUUCUUUAAGGGCUGUUGCAACCAUAUGAACUGGAAAAAAAAAUAGUAUUUUCUAAUCCAAAUAGGAAUAGCCUUUCCACCUCCAUUUUUUUGUUUUGUUUUGUUUUGUUUUUUUGAGUAGAGUUCGGAGUAUUCGAGUGUCCACCAGGCUCCAGUGCAUGGGGUGUGGCCAUAGUAACUUCCCUCUCAGCAUAUAUAGAGAUGCUUUCAAACAAUGACUUAGUAGAUACUUGUCCUGAGAGGAGACAAGUAUCUCGUGGGGGUGUUUCCUGGCUGGGGCAUCACCUACAUCCACUCAGCCCACUUCCACCGGCCCUCCAGUUUAUAAGGUUGCAACAACGUUCCUUUUCUUGGUUUUAAUUUCUGAACAGGAUACUGUGCUGUGGGGACAGCACACAGUGAGGGUGCCUAGCACAAAGUAGGUGCUUAAUAAAUAUUUGUUCAAUUAAAC